CCGGCGGUCGAAUUCUCGCGCGGUUCCUUCUAAUGAAUUGAAUGGGACCCCCCGAGACUUGGAGCUCAGCCGCCUCGCCCACCUCGCUGCAGCACUUGCGGCUCGCGUCCUUCUCGCGGCAGGCGGCUUCCGCCUUCAGCCCGGUGAAUUCUCCAGAGCAUGGACUAGAGCUGGAGCCGCGUCGGCGUCCUGCAAAUGGCCCGGCCGGAUGCGGCAGGAUUGGUGCUGCUGCUCAGUGCCGUUCCUGACGGAGGGCGAGGACUGGGAGGCUCAGUGCAGCAGCGGCGGCAGCAGAAGCCGCUAGAAGAGCUCCGCCGGCGGCGGCCGCGGCGACGGCAGCAGCAAAAGGAGGUGGAGGGGGAGCAGGACGCCCGGCCUGCGGCAUCUCCCAACCUGGGCCGGCGGCUUCGGCAGCACGAGGAGGACGAGGGCCAGGGGCGAGAGGCUCUUGGGCUGCGGCUGUCUCGGCAUGAGGAGCGCUCUGACGGCGCCCGGCUUUUCUAUGUUGCUGAUCAGCGUGUCGCUCGCCUGCUACUCUCCUAGUCUGCGCUCGGUGCAGGACCAGGCGUACUCGGCAGCCGUGGUGCUGGAGGGCAAGGUGCAGGCGCUGGCGCCGGCCUCUUCUCCUACGCCGGCGACCGGCAACGGGAGCAGGGACGAGGCGCCGACGUCCGGUAUUUUGGUGAAGGUCCUGGACUUGUGGCCCCUCAACAGCGGUGGGCUCCAGCGGGAGCAGCUCAUCCGCGUGGGCUCCAUGCCGGCGCCCUGCUUCAAAGUCAAGCGCAACCACCGCUACAUCUUCUUCCUGGAGCCCACCGAGCAGCCGCUGGUCUUCAAGACCUCCUUCGCCCCGCUGGACACCAGCGGCAGGAACCUCAAGAAGGACGUGGGCCGGAUCCUGUGCGCCGACUGCGGUGGUGGGCGUAAAAUUUGUGAACACUACUCAACCAACUUACAGGGCCGUGGUUUUCUGGAUCACCCCAUCGCCUUUUUUGAAUAUAGCCAUGAUAAUGGCAAUGCACUAAUCCUGGGGAAUGCGACCCGUGUGCCAAAUGCUACCGUUCAGAUCAGCACAGGCUGUGGAAUCAACAGCAUGGCUGCCAACAGCAGCAGAGCUGUCCCUCCCAAACUCAAGAAACUAAAGAGCCUAAAUGUAGAAGUUGGAGCAAAGGUUUCUUUGAAAUGUGAGGCAAGUGCUGGAAAUCCCCAGCCAUCCUACAAAUGGUUCAAAGAUGGCAUAGAAAUGAAAAAGAGCAAAGAUAUCAGAAUAAAAUAUGGGAAUGGAAAGAAAAUAUCUAGACUUCAGUUCAGUAAAGUGAAAGUUGAAGAUACAGGGGAAUACAGUUGUGAAGCAGAAAAUGUGCUGGGAACAGACAUUUCCACAGGCAGUCUCACCGUCAGGAGUGUAACCACAACUCUGCCUUCUGGGCCUGGACAUACUAGACAAUGCAAUGAAACAGUGAAAUCCUAUUGUGUGAAUGGUGGAGUGUGCUACUACAUUGAGGGCAUAAAUCAGCUGUCAUGCAGAUGUCCAAAUGGAUUCUUCGGACAGAGAUGUUUGGAGAAACUGCCUUUGCGAUUGUACAUGCCAGAUCCUAAGCAAAAAGCUGAGGAGCUGUAUCAGAAGAGAGUUUUAACCAUUACUGGGAUUUGUGUUGCAUUGCUUGUUGUGGGAAUAGUAUGUGUAGUAGCUUACUGUAAAACCAAAAAACAGAGAAAUCAGAUGCACAAUCAUUUGCGGCAAAACAUGUGCCCAGCGCACCAGAACAGGAAUCUAGCGAACGGCCCUAGCCAUCCUCGGCUGGACCCUGAGGAAAUUCAGAUGGCUGAUUAUAUGUCUAAAAAUGUUCCUGCUACUGAGCAUGUCAUAAGAAGAGAAAUAGAGACAACCUUUUCAGGGAGCCAUUCCUGUUCACCAUCACAUCCCUCUUCCACGGGAACUCCAACUUCAAGCCAAAGACAUGAAAGCCACACCUGGAGCUUGGACCGCACAGAAAGCCUCACUUCCGAUUGUCAGUCUGGGAUGAUGUUGUCUUCUGUGGGAACCAGCAAGUGCAACAGUCCUGCCUGUAUGGAAGCUCAUGCUCGGCGGACAGCUUCAUACUCCGUUGAGGAACAGAGGAGGCCAACGAUGCAAUACGGAGAUUCUGUGGAUUCCCUUCGAGACUCACCACAUAGUGAGAGGUAUGUGUCUGCCUUGACCACCCCAGCACGCCUGUCCCCUGUUGACUUCCACUGCUCGGCUUCAGCCCACAUGCCCACCUUUGAAAUCACCUCUCCCAAUUCUGCUCAUGCGGUCUCCCUCCCCCCGGCUGCAUCCAUUAAUUUCCAAGUGGAGGAGCAACAGCCAUUGCUGAGAAGGUACCAGGCCCCUUGUCAGGAUACCCAGAGGUAUGAGACUACUUACUACCAAAGAAGGAACUAUCUGGAUGAGAGCACAGGGAGCUUGCCCUCCAGUCCCUUCCGCAUCACAGAGGAUGAUGAAUAUGAGACAACCCAUGAGUACAUCUCUGCACUAGAACAGCCAAAGAGAACAGGCAGCAGCAGCAGGCGGUGGCGGAGAUCGAAACUGAAUGGCCACCUGUCUCACAGAGGCAGAGUGCUCAGAGACUCCUUUUCAGUAAGUAGUGCCUCAUACAGUGAAUCUGAUGAGGAGCUGAUCGCCGAGAGCACCCCUUUCUUAAGUAGUUGGAACACAGAGGCAACGGACACAGAUUUGUAUCGCUCAGCUGACAACAGAACUUCCUCUUCUUUCAGCAGAUUCAACACACAGGGUGGAAGCCAACACACACACACCAGAUCCAGCCAAGAUUCUGCACCACCUUAGGUGUUACACACUCUUCCUCAUGCCCACUUCCAUGAAUGCAUCAGUACUGAGGAAGACAAUACGACAGAAAAGACAAAUUUUUAUUUUAUAUAUAAAAAUGCAAAAAUAUAACAAAUGAAAUGUUUUAUUUUCAUUUUAGCAAUGAUGUCUUAUAAGAGCUAAUGGCAAAGACCUUUUUGUAAGGAAUCUAUUUAUAUGUAACAUCUUGAUUUACAGCUUCUCAGAAAAACAGAAACGAACAAAAACAUUUUAAACGAUGGGCCAAUUUUUGACUACAAAUCAUUAAAAAAUAUUGUGGUGCCU